GCGUCCCAAAACAAAGUCUUUCGUUAUUACUGUCUUAUUUUAGUCCCAAAACCCAGAAUCACCCUUUCUUCCAAUCUUUCGGUUCUUUUCGAUUUCAUUGCUAUUUCUCUCGUUCUUUUCAUUUCCAAGAUCUCUGUUUCAUUUCCAGAGUCUCUCCCUUGGGUAGGCAGAAACCCUAAAGCAAUUGUGGUAGGUAAGUUUCAAAUCUCUCCAUUAGGUUUCAGCAAUUGUAGCUUCAAUUUUGGUUUUGAUUUCUCUUCGAACCCGAUAUUCACUUUGAUUUCGCGUUAUCCUUUGUGUCUUCUCCUUCGAAUCUCAUCAAGUACUCCAGGUUUGUGUCUUCUUCUUAGAUUUCCAAAAUCCCCUGUUUAUGACUCUGAAAUUUGAGAAUUGAACAUUCAGCGGUGGCGACGAGAUGGUUAAGGUAACGAACCUCAUCGUCUGGUUGUGCAGGAAACAAUCGAGGGAGGUGUGGUUGAGCAGCCGGAGUGUCCUUUGCCCCAAAGCUGCAAAUAUCAAGGCUGUAGCCUUGUGCUACGCUGUUGCGAUCACAAUCGCUUUUUAGCUCCGAGUAUAUCUCUUUCUUUCAGAUCUCCUUGGUUUACUUUUUCAUUAGAUUCAUGUCUUUUUAUCUCCUGUUUGCUAAAUCAUUUUGGUGGAGUUCUCUGGCAUUGGAAACAUUAGAUCUUCUUUCUUCACUUUCUGCAUGUGGUUUUUUUGUUACCAAUUCAACUUUAUAUUUGUUUUUUUGUGAUUUAGUUUCGUGAUUUAGCUUUAGUUUCGGAAGUUGAUUUUGUGAUGUUUUCCAAGUUCAAUAUUAGUGUAUUGCUGGUCAUUUCGUUAUUUUCUAAUUUCAACAGCAUCAUUGUGGCUUGGACCUUUAUUUUCUUAUUUAAUUUAAGCUUAAUGUGAGUUGAAUUCUAUGUUGGGGCAGGCCAUUGACACUUGCUCAAGCAGCUAAGCUUAGGAUAACAACAGCUGUGCUAAGGAGAAGGAACUUUCAAAUUAUGAGUCUAUUUCUCAAUUUUGGUCAUUAUUAAUUAAAUGAAACAGUUUCUGAAAUCUUUUGGGUUGGGUUAUGAGAAGAUUGCAGCUUGUCCAAAUGACUGUAUGUUGUACUGGGAGAUAGGAAGAAUCAAGAAGAGUGUCAUGCUUGUGGGUUAUCAAGAUGGAAUUCUAUUUCUAAUGAUGGUAAGAAGAAGAAACAUGCAAAAAUAUUGAGAUAUUUUCCUCUCAUUCCAAGGCUCCAGUGUUUGUUCAUGUCAUCCAAAACCUCUUCCUUAUUGAGAUGCACACUAACAUAUUUCCACCAUUCAUUUAGCAACCGUAACUGUCUGUAUUGUUUUGAAUGAACCCCCAGCUUUAUAUUGAAAUUGUCUUAUUGUUCAUCCUAUGGAGAGAUUAAAUACAUAUAAUGCAUGAAAUAUUUAACUAAUGGCACACAUAUUAGACCAUGACUAGGAUUUGUUGCGUUGUACUGUUUUCUGACUAUAAGGUUGUAGCCCUGAGAUGGGUUUUCUUUGUCAAAUGGAUUAUAUUUGACUAUGAAAUUGUGCAUUUUAUGU